AUGCCCACCAACACGAUAGUCAGCUACCAAUGCACAUGCUACCGACGCCGCUGCCGUUGCGGCGCAAGCGGCGUACGUGUCAUUGACGCCAACACCAACACCAACAGCCUGGUAGGCAUGAGCCAACCCUACGGCUACGGCUACGACUACGGGUACGGCCGGCGCGGCCGGCGCGCGCGACGACAAGGCCCCAUCACGGCGAUCGUGGGCGGGCUGAUCAACCUGGCGAUCGAGAAGCACGAUGAGAAGAAGGCGAAACGCGCCGCCGCCGCUGAAGACGAGGAGCAGCAACAGCAACGGCAACAGCAAGCGCGGAGUCGUGAGGUCGAUGAGGAGGAGGAGAUUUCGGAUUCUGAAGAUGAGGUGCACGACAACGACAACGCCGUGCAGAGGAAGCCUGUGGUGAGGAGUUCCAGCGAGAAGAAAUCGAAGACUGUCGAGAGGAGCGUCCUGCGCAAGGAUCAGAGUCAUCAGGCGCCGCCUCCUUAUUCGGCUUGA